GACUAACAAAGAGAGGAGAAAAGGGGAAAGAGGAACAGAGAGACAACUACAGUAUUUUUUCUUCCGUUUCUCUCUCUUUCUCUUCAUAUAUAUUCAAAUUAGAUAGCUUUUUUAUUUUCUUCUUUUCUUUCUCAAGAUUCUACAUGUUAUUAGGCUUAUAGGCUGUAUCCUACUCAGCAUCUAAACCAACAGAUCAUUCAUUUGGGAUUGGGAAUGCCAGUGUACGAGUGGUGCUUUCUGUCUCUCUCGCUCUAUAUACAUAUCAGAAAAAGGUUUGGAGCUUUGUAGUGGGAAAGAGGAGAGCUUUGAAGAGAGCCAGCCACCAUCAUCUGUCUGAUCACAGGACAAAAACCCAGAUGGUGAGAUGCCCUUCUUCACACGAUUUGAUCUCUCUUCUUACUUAAUUGAUCAACAACAUCAACAAAGCCACCGACUCAACUUGUUUCUAAGGUCUCUCCUUAACAAACAAACUCACCUAUUUCAAUAAUGGGCUUCACUCUUUUGCUCAAUAGCAUAACAGCUUCUUCUUCAUCAUCGUCUGCUGGACAACCACCACAUUUCUCCCUUCUGAGAGCAAUUCAAGGUUUGCCUAUUUUGGAAAUAUCCUCAAUCUGCAUCAAUUUGACACUUUUCCUGGUGUUUCUUUUCAUAGUAUCUGCAAGGCAAAUAUUUGUCUGUGUUGGUCGAAUUCGAUUUCUUAAGGACGAUUCCGUUACGAAUUCAAGCCAAAUUAGGAGAAGUGUUAGUGUUGAUGGAGAAGUUCAGGAUGUUGUAGUCGGUACUGGGUUUAAAUUGUCUGUAAUUUGUUGCUUCUAUGUGCUGUUUGUGCAAGUUGUGGUGCUAGGAUUUGAUGGGUUUGGUUUGAUAAGAGAGGCUGUUGAUAGGAAGGUUGUGGAUUGGUCUGUUCUUGCCUUGCCUGCUGCUCAAGGUUUAGCUUGGUUUGUAUUGAGCUUUUCAGCUUUCCAUUGUAAAUUUAAGGUAUCUGAGAAAUUCCCGUUGUUGUUGAGGGUAUGGUGGUUUGUUUCUUUUGUGAUUUGCUUGUGUAGCUUGUACGUUGAUGGGAAAUCAUUCUUAGUACAUGGAUCAAAGCACUUGUCUUCUCAUGUUGUGGCCAAUUUUGCUGUAACCCCGGCCCUUGCAUUUCUUUGCUUUGUUGCAAUUAGAGGUGUGACUGGUAUAGAAGUUUGUAGAAACUCUGACCUUCAGGAGCCAUUGCUUCUUGAAGAAGAGGCUGGGUGUCUUAAGGUUACUCCUUAUAGUGAUGCUGGGCUCUUUACCUUGGCCACACUCUCUUGGCUAAAUCCACUUCUUUCAGUUGGUGCGAAGAGACCCCUUGAGCUUAAGGACAUUCCCCUUCUUGCGCCAAAAGAUCGAGCCAAGACUAAUUAUAAGUUUUUGAAUUCAAAUUGGGAAAAAUUGAAAGCUGAAAACCUAUUGAAGCAGCCUUCUUUGGCUUGGGCAAUUUUGAAGUCAUUCUGGAAGGAAGCAGCUUGCAAUGCUGUAUUUGCCUUGUUGAACACUCUUGUUUCCUAUGUGGGCCCAUACAUGAUUAGUUACUUUGUUGAUUAUUUGGGAGGGAAGGAGACUUUCCCUCAUGAGGGUUAUGUUCUUGCUGGAAUUUUUUUUGCAUCCAAGCUUGUAGAGACAUUGACAACCCGGCAGUGGUAUCUCGGGGUUGACAUUUUGGGUAUGCAUGUGAGAUCAGCUCUAACAGCAAUGGUGUAUCAAAAGGGGCUGAAGCUCUCGAGCUUGGCUAAACAAAGUCACACCAGUGGAGAAAUUGUAAAUUACAUGGCUGUUGAUGUUCAAAGAGUGGGAGACUAUUCUUGGUAUCUCCAUGAUAUUUGGAUGCUUCCUUUGCAAAUAAUUCUUGCUCUUGCAAUAUUAUAUAAAAAUGUUGGAAUUGCUUCCAUUGCCACAUUGGUUUCUACCAUUAUAUCCAUAGUUAUUACUGUUCCUUUGGCAAAGGUCCAAGAAGAUUAUCAAGACAAGUUAAUGGCUGCCAAGGAUGAUAGAAUGAGGAAGACUUCUGAGUGUCUGAGGAACAUGAGGAUUCUAAAGUUACAAGCUUGGGAGGAUAGGUACCGAGUGAAACUGGAGGAGAUGCGGGGUGUAGAAUUCAAGUGGCUCCGUAAAGCUCUCUAUUCGCAGGCCUUUAUUACAUUCAUUUUCUGGAGCUCCCCCAUAUUUGUUGCGGCUGUUACAUUUGCAACAUCCAUAUUGUUGGGAGGUCAACUCACAGCAGGUGGUGUUCUUUCUGCACUGGCCACUUUCAGAAUCCUCCAAGAGCCACUCAGGAAUUUUCCUGAUCUGGUGUCUAUGAUGGCGCAGACAAAGGUUUCUCUUGAUCGAAUUUCUGGAUUCCUGCAAGAGGAAGAGCUGCCGGAAGAUGCCACCAUUGUUCUGCCCCGAGGCAUGUCAAAGGUGGCCAUAGAGAUUAAGGACGGUGAGUUUUGCUGGGACCCCUCUUCUUCAAGGCCCACCUUAUCUGGAAUACAAAUGAAAGUAGAAAGGGGGAUGCGUGUUGCAGUUUGUGGCAUGGUUGGCUCUGGGAAAUCAAGCUUUCUCUCUUCCAUCCUUGGGGAGAUUCCUAAAAUCUCUGGUGAAGUUCGAGUGUGUGGUACUGCUGCCUAUGUUUCUCAGUCGGCUUGGAUUCAGUCUGGAAAUAUUGAAGAGAACAUUCUUUUUGGCAGUCCAAUGGAUAAAGCAAAAUACAAGAAUGUCAUCCAUGCUUGUUCCCUGAAGAAGGAUUUUGAACUCUUUUCGCAUGGAGAUCAAACCAUAAUUGGAGAUAGGGGUAUAAAUCUGAGUGGUGGUCAGAAACAACGUGUGCAGCUUGCAAGGGCACUUUAUCAAGAUGCCGACAUUUAUUUACUUGAUGACCCCUUCAGUGCUGUUGAUGCACACACUAGCUCAGAACUGUUCAAGGAAUACAUAAUGACAGCACUGGCGAGUAAGACUGUUAUUUUUGUGACCCAUCAAGUUGAAUUUCUACCUACUGCUGAUUUGAUACUGGUUCUACGGGAUGGCCGCAUCAUACAGGCUGGAAAAUAUGAUGAACUUUUACAAGCAGGCACUGAUUUCAAUGCUCUGGUGUCAGCUCACCAUGAAGCAAUUGAAGCAAUGGAUAUUCCAAGUCACUCGUCAGAAGACUCCGAUGAAAAUUUGCCUCUUGAUGGGCCAACCAUAUUAAAUAAAAAAUGUGAUUCAGCUGGAAAUAAUAUUGACAGUUUAGCAAAGGAAGUGCAGGAUGGUGCGUCAGCUUCAGAACAGAAAGCAAUUAAAGAGAAAAAGAAAGCAAAGCGCAGGAAAAAGCAGCUUGUUCAAGAAGAGGAAAGGGUAAAAGGAAGAGUCAGCAUGAAGGUGUAUUUGUCAUAUAUGGUGGCAGCAUAUAAAGGCAUUUUGAUACCGCUUAUUGUUCUUGCACAAACAUUAUUUCAGUUCCUUCAAAUAGCUAGUAAUUGGUGGAUGGCAUGGGCGAACCCCCAGACUGAAGGAGACCAAGCUAAAGUUGGUCCUAUGGUGCUCCUUGUUGUUUAUAUGGCCCUUGCUUUUGGGAGCUCUUGGUUUAUAUUUGUCAGAGCCGUUCUGGUAGCCACAUUCGGUCUGGCAGCUGCACAAAAAUUGUUUCUCAAGAUGCUUAGAAGUGUGUUUCGAGCCCCAAUGUCAUUUUUUGAUUCAACUCCAGCUGGGAGGAUCUUAAAUCGUGUCUCUAUUGAUCAAAGUGUUGUGGAUCUUGAUAUUCCUUUUAGACUUGGUGGGUUUGCGUCAACAACAAUACAGCUUCUUGGGAUUGUUGGUGUAAUGACAAAAGUUACUUGGCAAGUACUGCUUCUUGUUGUCCCAAUGGCUGUUGCUUGCUUGUGGAUGCAGAAAUACUACAUGGCUUCAUCGAGGGAACUGGUCCGCAUAGUUAGCAUCCAGAAGUCUCCAAUUAUUCAUCUUUUUGGUGAGUCCAUUGCUGGAGCAUCCACGAUAAGAGGUUUUGGGCAAGAGAAAAGGUUCAUGAAGAGAAACAUUUAUCUUCUUGAUUGUUUUGCUCGCCCAUUCUUUUGCAGUCUUGCAGCCAUUGAAUGGCUCUGCCUGCGUAUGGAGUUACUUUCAACCUUUGUAUUUGCAUUUUGCAUGAUUUUGCUUGUGAGUUUUCCACAUGGAAGUAUUGAUCCAAGUAUGGCAGGCCUUGCUGUGACGUAUGGCCUUAACUUAAACGCACGGCUGUCGCGGUGGAUACUUAGCUUUUGCAAGCUUGAGAAUAAAAUUAUUUCCAUAGAGAGGAUAUAUCAGUACAGCCAAAUUCCAAGUGAAGCUCCUGCUGUUAUUGAGAACUCCCGCCCUCCAUCCUCAUGGCCCGAAAAUGGAACAAUUGAAUUGGUCGACUUGAAGGUUCGUUAUGGGGAAAAUCUUCCUGUGGUGCUUCAUGGGGUAACCUGUGCAUUUCCUGGUGGCAAGAAGAUUGGAAUUGUUGGGCGCACUGGAAGUGGUAAAUCUACUUUGAUCCAAGCAUUAUUUCGAUUGAUUGAGCCGGCUGGUGGGAGAAUCAUUAUAGACAACAUUGACAUUUCUACAAUUGGCCUCCAUGACCUUCGUAGCCGUCUUAGUAUCAUACCCCAGGAUCCUACAUUAUUUGAAGGAACUAUUAGAGCCAAUCUUGAUCCUCUUGAAGAACAUUCAGAUCAUCAAAUUUGGGAGGCACUUGAUAAGUCUCAGCUUGGAGAUAUUGUUCGUGAGAAAGACCAAAAGCUUGGUACACCAGUUUUAGAAAAUGGAGAUAACUGGAGUGUGGGGCAGCGGCAACUUGUUUCCCUGGGCCGGGCUUUGCUUAAACAGGCAAGAAUACUUGUGCUAGAUGAAGCAACGGCGUCAGUUGAUACUGCCACUGACAAUCUCAUACAGAAGAUCAUCCGAACAGAGUUCAAAAACUGCACAGUUUGCACAAUUGCACAUCGUAUUCCAACUGUAAUUGACAGUGAUCUUGUUUUGGUACUAAGUGACGGUCGAGUUGCAGAGUUUGAUACUCCAGCACGUCUCCUUGAGGAUAAAUCAUCCAUGUUUCUAAAGUUGGUAACUGAGUAUUCUUCAAGAUCAAGUGGGAUACCAGAUUUUUGAAACAGAUUGCGUGCCCAAAAUUCUUCCAGUUAGAGGCACCACAAGCUGCCAAGAUUGAACCAGCUGCUGCUGCUGCUUUUCGCAGAACCUGGCUUGGCAAACUCAAUGACAAAUGGCAAGGACAGAUGUGAACAUCAUGCCAUUAAACCAAAACCUCAAGUAGAGGAAAGUAGCUUCUACUUCGAGGUAAUUUUGAGUUAAUUCAUCCCCUUAAGUGCAUAUGGGGAAUUCAUGCACGGCUAGCAACCCGGCAUACCUUGUAUCGGAAAAUAAGUCAGAUGGGUAGAGUUUGGUAAUAAUUACACGGAAGAAAAAAAUGGGUGGUUCAUAUUUGUUCAAUGAUGUGCAAUAAAGUAGUACUUAGAAAUGUGAGAGUGUUAGUUAGGGCAAUUUUUAGAGUUGAAGAACUAGUAAGACUCGCUGUUACUACUGGCAAAAAUUUUAGUUGUAGACUGAAGAACAUAAAUUUUGUUUCAUCUCUCUCUAGUGGCAACUUCAGUUAUAGGCAGUGAUGCCAUGAAUUUUGCUUCAAA